UCGUCCAUAACUCACCGGCGUCCGCGCCUGCGACUGCGGCUCCUUCGCCAGAAUCAAGAACACUGGAGAAAGAUAUUGAUGUCGGCUCCCCGCAAACAUUAACAGGAGACACUCCCUUGCUAAAGUCUGCUCCACCAGUCAUUGCCACCGAAUCGGUUGGCAGUCCAUUUCGUGUCGAGGCAGAAGAGCAGCUUUUGACUCCUGCACUUGACGUAGAACAGCCCGCAACGUGGUUUUAUGGUCGUUCCGCCUUUGGCAGACUCGACCGCGAAAGCCCUCCGUUUUGUAGUCCUAACGAGGCUUCAAUGUGAUCGUCAGACGCGCGAUGAGCGUGUUGUUCCGGUUCUUAGGGCCAAUCGGGCGAUUCGCGAGCCUUCUCUGCCUUCACCAAUUGACGCGCAAGACAAGCUGUUUCAGGAAUUUGCAGCUGAUCAGCCUCGUCAGGAAAGAAUGACUUUACAUUCUCAGUCUAUUAGAUCAUCCUUAUCAGGACACUUCCUGGAGCGAGAAACAGCCCUUCGGGAAAAGCAGCAAAAGCUGAGAGAAGAAUAUCUUGAGCUACAUCAGCAAUGGAUAGCGCAAUGUGCCCGGCUCGAUAACGUGUCGAAAGGCGGUCUACCUGAGGAAUCCAUGCCGGCUUCUGCGGGCGGCAGGUCCACCAGACGAUCAGCUGCCGUUUUGGGUGAUGCUGUUCGCUCUGAUCUUGAGAUGGAGCAGAUCAUCGCGAAUCUUGGGAUGGAGGAGCUGACGGAUCCAAGCUACUUGGCGAUCAAGAACGUCGCAAAGAUACCGGAUAUGGUUUCUGUCGUUGAUGGCCGCGGACCAUACUCUUACGACGAUACGAACAAUCUCUUGGACGACCCUGCGGAGUUCUACAGCUCGUCCUCGGCUCUCGACCUCUGGACGGAAGAGGAGCGCAUUGUCUUCAAGGAGAGAUACGCUGCCCAUCCGAAGCAAUUCGGGCUUAUUGCUCAACAUCUGCCCAAUAAGACUGCCGCCCAGUGUGUCACGUACUACUACCUGCACAAGCCGCACGUCGACUUCCGCAAGGCUAUUGCACAGUAUGGUGCAGGUCGACGCCGGAGGAACGGCAGGGGGGCUAACAAGCAGAAAGGCAACGCACUGCUUGCAGAUAUUCGCCGCCAUGAUGAUGAGGUAUUGGCUGCCCACCCCACCUCUUCGGCUGUACCCAGCAAGCGCAGGAGGGCUGCUAUGCUGCGAUCCAAUGUUGAACCCAGGAGAAACCAGUCCCGCAGGAGUACCGUCCAGCCCGACCAGACUCCCACUUCUUCUGGGACAACGCCAGAUCCCGAAGCGGAUGAGCAGAAGCGUAGGCGGCGCUCCACUGCAGUUGCGCGUUCGUCGGGUCUUGCUCAAGAAGAAGUUGAACCCACUGAACCAGACGCUGAGGCUCCACCUCCAAAACAAACCAGAAGACCCCGGAAACCAAGAGCACGCGCAGUCCCCACCCCAUCAGAGGAAGCCACCCCCGCUCCAGAACUUCCGGAUUAUUGCAAGUCGUCGUCGAUACCAAUAUCAUGGUCCAAAGAGGACAAAAGUCAGACCUCUCAUGCACAGCCUCUGAAAUCGGCUUGCUGAUCUCAGUCCAGGUCCGUGGUGAUCUGGUAGCAGGCUGUGGUGCCGCUUAGCUUGUCUGUAUAGAAUACAGUACAAGUCGGCAGUUAUCAUGGGAGUCACAUGGAUGAAUUGGCAUCUGUGUCUGCUGGGGAUUCGACGCUUUAACUAUCU